AUGAGAGGCAUCUUGCAAUGUUCGAACGCCUUAGCGAGGAAGUUCUUAUCCCAUGGAAGGAACCUUCCAUUGGAAUGGAGUAGUCGCUCUUAUAGUCUCAUUCCAAUGGUGAUUGAGCACUCUUCCCGAGGAGAGAGGGCUUACGACAUCUUCUCGCGCCUCCUCAAGGAGCGCAUUAUCUGCAUCAACGGACCCAUAUCCGACGACACUGCUCACGUGGUGGUUGCCCAGCUCCUUUUCCUUGAAUCCGAAAACCCUUCAAAAUCCAUCCACAUGUACAUCAACUCUCCUGGUGGCGCCGUAACAGCUGGGCUUGCUAUUUAUGACACGAUGCAGUAUAUUAAGUCUCCCGUCAAUACAGUUUGUAUGGGUCAAGCUGCAUCUAUGGGUUCUCUCCUAUUGGCUGCUGGUGCUGCCGGUGAAAGGCGGUCUCUUCCAAAUGCAACAAUUAUGAUUCAUCAACCCUCUGGUGGUUUUAGUGGUCAGGCAAAAAAUAUUGCUGUUCAUGCCAAGCAGAUUGUUCGGGUUUGGGAUUCUUUGAAUGAAUUGUAUGCCAAGCAUACGGGUAAGUCGGUUGAGGUUAUUCAAUCUAAUAUGGACGCAGAUAACUUCAUGACUCCACAUGAGGCCAAAGAUUUUGGGAUUAUUGAUGAGGUGAUUGAUGAGAGACCUAUGACUUUGGUUUCUGAUGCGGUUGGUAUUGACAAAGACAAAGGUUCCAAUUAG